AUGAAAAAGCUAUCUGCGAUCAUCUUCAUUGAUCUGUCUAAUGCGUACAAUGCGAUUAAAUUGGAAAAGUUGGAGCAAAUCAUGUUAUCAUUUGGGAUCCCACCAGAAUUUCCAAGCUGGGUAACAGCUUUCCUCGCGAAUAGGAAAAUACAGAUACAGGUCGGAGCGGACACACUUACACGCCAUGUCAGCCAGGGACUUCCUCAAGGAGACAUACUGUCUCCUACACUUUUUAAUAUUUAUACAGCCAAAUUACAUAAUAUUAAGAUUAACGGCGUCGAACUCGUACAAUAUGCCGACGAUUUUGCCGUGAUGAUUGAAGGAGGAAGCAUAGAGGAAAUCAACGAGCUAGGGAACCGAUUCAUGGAACAGUUCAUAGCAGCGGCGAACGAACUGAACUUUACCUUCAAUGCACAAAAAACCAAAGCUAUACUGUUUCUGAACACUACAAAAAUGUUGGAUAUUCACAUUGGAGUGGAUAUAAUAGAAACAGUCAACUCACAUAAAUACUUAGGAUUAUGGUUGGACAGAUCGCUAAGGUUCGGUGCCCACAUACGGGACCUCACCCAAAAGGCGGCGGGUCGUUUGAACUUGCUUAAAGUUAUCAGCGGGACAAAGUACGGAAGCCAUCCUACAACCCUUCAUAUGGCCUACAACGCUUUUUUUCGGGGAUUCAUCGAGUAUGGCUGUAGUGUAUACAGCACUGCAUGUAGAACUAAUAUAGAAAAACUGGAUGUUAUCAACAACGCUUGCUUGCGGAAAAUCACCGGAUGUACUAAAACAACUCCGAGAAACACACUGCAAGCUAUAGCUGCACAGCCUCCGCUACAGUUCAGGCGACUGGAAGUGGUGGGAAAGCAGGUGGCCAAACACUAUUACCGGAAAACACCUAUCUGGGAGCAGCUCAGUAACAACGAUGAAAUAAACGAAACGAAGAGAUACACUUAUAUUGAGCAAAUUGUCAGGCAACACGUUGAAAUAUUUAAAUAUACGUCAUAUGCGGUGCCAGCUACUCCUUUACCCGGCGUAGUGAACAUUUCAACAACACUGAAUGAGGAACUGUGGCCAAAAAAGCAGACCGAUAGCAGAGUGCUGAGACAACUAACACUAUGUCUGAUACAUGGGAAGUAUCAAAAUCGUCAAAUAGUUUACACAGAUGCUUCAAGCGAUGGCCUGCAGUGCGGAAUCGGUAUUUAUCAUGAGCCAAACAUGACACUCAGUUUGAAACUGGAAAACUCAGUCUGUAUAAUGUCUGCGGAGAUUGAAGCAAUCUAUGUGGCAUUGCAAUACAUCACUCGCAAUGAAAUAACCAACGCAGUGAUAAUGACGGAUUCCAGAUCAGGAUGCCAAUACAUUCGAGACCAGAUCGACAAAAAAGUCAGAGACAACGUUAUCAACAAUAUUCUGAUUAUGGCUGCUACAACCAGGACGUCGAUUCAGUGGAUACCAGGACACACUGGAAUUCGAGGCAACGAAAUGGCCGAUCAGCUGGCCAAAUCAGCUCUGGAAAAUGAAAUCUCCUGUAAUAACAGAAUACUACUCCACGAUGCAAUUGGGUACUUCCAGCGACGAAGUGAGGAAGAUGCUCAACAAUGGUAUCUGGAUUAUUGUUCGGAGUUCGGAAAGGGUCGCAAAUAUUUCCAAAUCCAAAAUACGAUCCCGCACAAGCCCUGGCACUAUAAGUUAGAACUUAAUAAUAUAGAGGUACGCACUCUUAAUAGGCUACUCUCAGGUCACGACUUUUCACGUUUCUGGCUAUGUAAAAUGAAACUGGAAGACGAUUGCAUCUGUGAAAUUUGCGAUACAAUUGAGGACGCCGAACACACAAUUUUCUUUUGCGUAAAAUAUGCCACGACGAGAGAAAAAUAUGGGCUGGACAAUUUUUGUAACAUUUAUAACGUGUGGAACCGAAAGGAUGUGGAGCUUCUCCGAAAUGUAGUUAGAUUUUUGAAAGAAAUCAACAGCAAAAUCUAG